AUCUCGAGUUUCUAUUAAUGAAGCUGUCGGAGUUGACUGCGCUGCUCUGCCUAAUAUGGGCACUGACGCUCCUUUACGGCGAAAUGCUCGCUUUCCGGCUGCCGUCUCUCUCCACUUGUCGGUGGCCUCAUCAUCACUCCUCUCAAUCUCUUGACUAUCUCAAAGUUGCGGUCAUCACAGACCCGCAGCUCAUGGACAGAACCUCCCUCCGUCUUGCUCCCAAAUCACUCGCUCUAGAACUUGUUCAGUUCUACUCCGACCUCUACAUGCGCCGAGCUUUCCUCUCCUCCGUGCUGCCUUUCGAUCCUGACGUCGUUCUCUUCUUAGGUGACCAUUUCGACGGCGGGCCUUAUCUCACUGAUGAUGAGUGGAAGGAAUCUUUGAGCCGUUUUAAACAUGUGUUUCCGGUGACGGAGAAGCUGGUUUACCGGAUUGCCGGAAACCAUGACAUCGGAUAUGCAGAUCUACACUCUCGUUGGCCGAAGGUAAUCACACGAUAUGAAAAGGAAUUUGGUAGCCGAGAUUAUCGAUUUAGGGUUGGACAGGUGGAGUUUAUUGCCAUUGAUGCCCAAGCUAUUGAUGGGAAUCCUCAAGGUUCUGUGGCUUCCUCGACUUGGACUUCUGUAAAGAAUGUCUCUCUGGCUGUUAAAGCUUAUCCAAGGGUUUUAUUGACCCAUAUUCCAUUAUAUCGACAAGAUGAAACAGAUUGUGGUCCCAAUCGUAAAUCAAAAAUUAUCAAUCAGCGGAUUGUGCACUCUGCUGAUCGCCAAGAAAUAACGUACCAGAAUUACGUUACCAAGGAAUCUUCAAAAUAUCUAUUGGACUCCAUUCAACCAGUACUUGUUUUAUCUGGCCAUGAUCAUGAUCAGUGUGCUGUUGUACACAAGUCAAAAUAUGGGCCUGUGAAGGAGCACACUGUGGGGACAAUAAGCUGGCAACAAGGAAAUGUGUAUCCGUCUUUCAUGUUAUUAUCUGCUGUAUCUUCAAAUACAUCCAGUUCUGGAGAGCCAGUCUUAACUCAGCUGUGCUUUCUUCCUGUGCAACUACACAUUUAUAUGUGGUAUCUCUCACUAUUUAUUUUUACUCUUCUUGCCCUCCUGCUUUGGCCAGCUGGUGGUGUGAGUUUUUGGCAUCAUUGUAGUGAUCUGAUACUGCGCAGCCAACAACUAAUAAGUAGCAUUACAAGUAGACCAAAAGAAAAAGACGAAGAUCUAAACUGUGAGUAUGAGAUGAUGUGGGAUGCAGAAGGAUCAAUGCAUCUUGUCAAGAAAGCCGUGAACGUUGCUGUUGCAAGCAUAAGUGAGAAAACUUCAGUUGAAAGAGGUACUACUGUGAUGCGGCAGAUAGCUAAAAAGAAUAUUUCUCAGGAGCUGGAGGUUUGUGUGAACGCCGAUGUGUUUGAUCCUAUGGGAAAGACACUUCCUAGAGCAAGUAAAUCUUGGACAAAGACGGUGAUCCAGAGAUUGGUCCGAACAUUUCGAAUGGUCACAAUUAUUGCUGCGGUAAAUGUACCCCUUUAUAUGUUGUUGCUUUUCAAGGAUUGGAUUGACUAAUGACAUUCCAUUUGAAGAUUCAAUGGAUUAAGAAUAAGGAUAUUAAGAAGGUACGAUGCACCCUGCGCAAGUAAAAGGGUACCAUCUCAAAGUUUAAUUCUCAUUCAUCACACGGUUCACACUAUUUCAGGUGAAUUAAUUUUAUCACUUUGUAUGAUAGCAUCUUCACGUUCUUGUAACCUUAUAGAGAAUGUUAAAUCUAGCUUGUAAUCUGUAGUAGCUGAAAGUGUUUCAUAAAAGCCAUGUAAAUCUGGAUCCGUAUUUUGUAAUAGGAAACAUGUUUUGAUUUUACUAGCGUAUCGAUCUUUCUUACA